AGUCGUUGUUGUCUUGUGCGUAAAGUGCAAAGUUUGCGGCUUCUAUUAACCUUAACAAAAUUUAGUCGCCCUAUUUCCAGUUACCAUUUUGGUUCUAAUGUAACCACACCGGCAUGGCCGGUAGGUAGACAUUCAACGUUACCACAACUUUGCAGUCACUUACUUGCCAGGUAAUCGUGAUGAGAAGAGCCCUUCAUAUCCGUUUUCGAGAACUGAAAAAGAAUCACGGAUCAUAAUCAUUUUAAUGGUAUGGCCAUGAGGACUGGCAUCAGUUGCUUUGAAAAGAGUAUCCCAUUGGAUCAGGUUUCCUUCUGUUUCCUGUUGGUAAAAGAUCUUAUCGUCGCAAGAAUCGCCUGAUAGGAAAAUACAUUUCGAAGAUUUUUAACAAGGAUAUCAACCAGGGCACCAUGGAUACAAAAAGGGCCCCGCCUACAAGACACAACAGAAUUAGAACUUACUCUGAACAUUCAGACAGCGACUGGCCUCUUGCGAGAUACCAAGUGACGUCAGAGGUCACGAGGGAUUUUAUGCCUUUUGCACUGGUCAUCAUUAUUGCCACCGCCUUGUUCAUAGCAACUACUAUCGUCUACCUCCACACGACUUCCGGUCCCGUGCUGCGCGCAUCGGCCGAAAAGGCGCAAGAACUUACGCGGAGAUCGCAACUGCUACAGGGUAACGACGAAGGGUAUUCACGAUCUAUAAUAUAUUCAUCACCGCGAGGUGACAUGUGCUUCCUGAGGUCAAAGUUGACGAAGACGGGUAUGCCAACGAUACAUUCAAUUUUCGCUGAUCCUGUUUCUCAUAACGUUGUUAUUGUCGGUGUGCGUAUUCAGCACUGGGACUGGCAGAAUGAUUCUUUUGUGUGCGAAUACGAUAAAGGUCAGCGCGUAUCAUGCGAUGCCGUUGUUAGUGACGAUAGAAGCUUUGGAUAUAGGCCGCAGUAUGUUAUCAUUAUAACUUGUCCAAUACCAGCAAGCCUUCAAGAAAGGACAAACUUUUCAGUUUCUCUCUAUCGUGCUGUAGACGGCGCCUUUUCAAGAACAUCUUCGUACGAGAAUAUAACCGUGUGCUCCUCUGGCGCCUCAAAACGACAACGCCGCAUGUUGAGCGUUUGCACGAUGCUGAAGGAUUCGGAUGAAUUCGUUCCUGAUUGGGUAGCAUUCCAUCGACACGUCGGAGCAAAUCACAUCUUCAUUUACGACAACCAAGAACAAGAACUGAGCAAACUCCGAGAAACCGUAGCCAAGGAAAUCGAGAAUGGCUUUGUUACAGUCAUACCUUGGUCCCACCAGUCAACACCUUGUAAAAAUUAUCUUGAAGUGCAGAUCGCACACGAGAACGAUUGCCUCUGGAGAAAUCGCCAUAUAUCAAAAUGGAUGAUCAAAAUCGACGUAGAUGAAUACGUCCAGCCAAUGAAUCCGAAUAAACCGCGGAUCCCAGACUACCUAUCUGAUCCGCUGUAUGACCGGGUUGGAGCUGCACGCUUACAGAACUGGUUUUUCGGUAGACCAAAUACAAGCAUACCGCUUGGUGGUCAGUCACUCAUACAAAGAAAUCAAUGGAGAUCCGCGGAACCCACGGAACCGAAUGCAUCGCACGACAAAAAUAUCUUGCGACCAAUCAACGUGCAUUAUUUCAAAAUUCACGCGAUGAAGCUUGGAGGUUCUGCCGUUACACUAGACCCCUGGAGGGAGCUGCGUCUAGUGCAUUAUCGGGGAGACAAUCCGAGGAAGCUCAACUUCAAACUGCCGGAUUUCAGCGUUCAAGAUAGCAGUAUGUCGGAUACCAUGGAUUUAAUUGCGAAACAGAAGCUUUAAGGUCAAGUCCACCCCAUCGAUAAGUUAGCCCUACAUUAAGCAAAGAAAUCAGAUAACAUAAUAGGCACAUAGUAUAUCGCUACAUUUCUUCAAAGUCGGAUGUGGAAUACUAACGAAAGUAUGACAUUCUUAUUUCAUAUCCGAUUGCGAUUUCUGCUUAUUAGAUUUUCUUUAUAUAUCAAAGUUAACUUUUGUUGGGGUGGACUUUAGCCUAAAUAAGCGAUGGUAUGAUGAUGUAAUUAACGAAAUGAAAUUAUGUGUGCAACCUGCAACAACAAUGAUAAUAUUAAUACUAGCUGGACUUUUUUAUAGCGCUUUUUAACUGAGGGUACAAAGCACUUGCUAUUAUUACCCCGGCUUUAGCUCGAGCUACCGUCACCAGCGCUCAGAGCAUGCAAGGAAUUAAUCAAUGUGACGUAAAUGGUUCCUUUUAUUUAUUCUUGUAAACAUUAAUAUUGAGUCAGCUCAUCAAGACUAAUAACUUCAUCCUGGUGAGAACAGUUAGGUGAAUUUAACCGCGUGAACCCUUCAAACAGCUGAAUACGGCCCUGGAUCCGGACCGGUAUGACAGUUCAUCAAAUGACUUUGGCGUCAUCCAUCGUAUUGACGACCGACUGUCUGUUGAGUAUAACAGGAUCCCGUCUUACAAAGAGUUGAAAUUGAUCUGAUCAACAGCAACUAUGGAAAGCCAGCAACACCAACAUCUAAAAUGCAUAUUUUUUCAAAAUUCAUUUUCUUUGGUUUCUAUUUGCUUACAAUAGACAUUAAACAAAUUUCCUGUAAUAAAAUUAUGGCAUUGAUGGAUUUCCAUAUAAUUAGGGUUGAUUUAACCAAUCGUAAUUCUUUGUAAGACGGGUCCCUGGAUUAGAAGCCGCACACUAGGCACUACACUGACUGCGAAUUAGUGCAUGGUCGCCCCAGAACACACACACACGCAUGCACACACACUUUCGACUCGGCCCUCGUCUGCUGUGCAAACCCUUCACUCGAGUUAAGGGUCUGAAUGUGCAGCCUACUCAUGCCUUGUGUACUGAGAAUAGAAACAGCAAGUUUUGUAUGUGCUAGUCUUUGCGUGGAGACACACACUGCAAACCCCGGUGUUGAUUUAACACCAGCCCGGAAUCUAUAUAUGUCCACACCAGAGAAGUAUUGAAACAACACCAGUUUGGAAUCAAACCGAUGCUGUUUUAAUACUAAUUGGUGUUGUAUAAACACCUAUCUGGUGUUAGACCAAAACGAAACUGGUGUUGUUUAACACUUCUUUGGUUUGGACAUAUAUAGAUUCCGGGCUGGUGUUAUAUCAACACCAGAGUUUUUGCAGUGCACUUACUGAUCAAAGUUUCAAUCAGGGUCUAUGCCUGCAGACUAGCUCGGCCUCUCCCAUUUUCAAACCGUUCCACAGCCCCUGGUAAAAAGAUGAGCAGAUGAUCAAGGCAGGUUAUAGUAAGUCAAUAAACCUUUUUUUUUAUUUGUAUGUUCUUAUAUUUACAUCAUCACUGUUCACUUGUUCAGUAGAUUAUAUAGAGUAAAUGAUUUAACAUGUACAAUAAUUGAUAUUUGAUCAGAAAACAUGUGCCUACACAUUGCAAGACAACUGAGAGAAAAAGAAAAUGCAAUGAAGUGAAAGUUCGGUUUACAUAAUUAUCCGGAAUAUUCAUUAUAACCCUCAAUUAAUUUUCUUUUUACAAUUCCGAAAGCAUUCUGCACCUUAUCAGAUAGGUCUCUUUACAAAAGGUAACUUCUUUUACUAGAAAUUUCAAGACUUUCUUUGAAAUUUAAACAUUUUUUCAAGCUGUAACACAAUGAUAAACUAUGACGAUGUUUAUAUCAUGCGGUUCACAUUCUUUUGUCCAUUUUUUAAAAUGACAAUUUACGACAAGGUUCAUUUUGUUUAAAGUAAUUGAAGUUGAGCAUUGUUCAAGGUUUCCAUAUAAAAUUGUGUUAUUUUUGUUUUAUCAAAUGUGACUAGCCACUCCAAAACCAAUACUAAAUCGCCAGGGAAGGUUAUCUGUAAAUGUAUCAAACAAUGAUUCAGUCUUUAAAAGUCUUUAAAAAUGUGAAAAUGAGCUUAUCUCUAAGAGUAACUCUUCUUUUUCAUACUGUCAAAAAUGAAGUUGCAAAGUUUAAUAACGAGCUAUAGGAGUUUUUAAAACCCAUUUGUUUCCCCCAGAUACACUGCAAAAAAGCCGGUGUUAAUUUAACACCAGCCUGGCAUAUAUAUAUCGGUCCACACCAGAGAGAUGUUGAAACAACAAGGGAUUGGUGUAAGGCUAACACCAAUUUGGCAUUUAAGCAACACCAAUUAGUGUUAAACCAAUAUCAGUUUGAUUUUUAACUGGUGUUGUUUCAACUCUUCUCUGGUGUGGGCCGAUAUAGAUACCCGGCUGGUGUUAAAUCAACACCGGGAUUUUGAAGUGUCUCACGGAAGUAUGAUAAAGAUUGCACAGUGUGCACGUCUCGUCUCAUGCUUGAAUGAACCCCAAGUUUUAUACCUUGUUUCUCUUCAUUCUUUAAAAAUCUCACCGAAUUUCUUCUACAUUCAAUAAAAUACUAAUUUUGCUCUUGAUAAAUUUUGGGAAGUACUAAAUCAUUUUAAAGCUUAGAACGUGCUUUAUCAAGCUCAAUAAAUAUCUCAAAAUUAGUUUUAGGCGAAUUAUUUUUGGAUUUGGGGUAGCAUGUCGCAAUUGAUUUUUUAACCAAGCAAUAUUCAGGGCAUUAUUUUGUAUUACAAAAUUAUUCGUGUCUAGUAUCCCGCCUAAUUUCAGUCUUACAUUAUCAUAUUUGUAAUGACAAAUUUAUUUCGCCCUUUCCAUUUGAAGUUGAACGUAUUUUGUUUUAUUUUGUAUUAACUUAAUCAUGUUAAUUGGGCAAUAAAUUAAAUUAUCAAAUUAUAUUUUAUGAAUGAUAUCUAGUUUAAUAAAUAUUUCAAUACAGUACCAUUAC